CAACAAACCAGGAAAAUUCCUCCCUCUCUUCCCCUCUCUCUCUUCGUCAAGUCUUGAUCGACCGAAAACCCAAUCAGUUUAUUAUAAGUUUGUAACACCUUUUGCCUUGCUUCCCUUUGAAGUCUGAAAUCCGAACUCUGAAGUCCAAACGCCAAGGUUGCUUGGUUGCAGAAUGGCGGCAAAGGGUGAGCCAGUCUACUACUCGCCCAUACCUUCUCCCCCACCAGAGCUCCAGUACCACCAACAACCACCGCCGCAGCAGCAUUACAUCAUCCUCCCUCUCUAUUGCCCCCCAUGUCAAUUCCGCGUCCUUCGGCGCCACCUCCUUGGCGUCGCUGCGCUCCUCCUCUUCGCCGGCGGGUUGUACCUCAUCUGGCCCUCCGGACCCGAGGUCAACGUGGUACGUCUGGGUCUUGGCCAUGUCCAAGUGCACACCUCCCCUCGUGUCUCCAUCGACGUCUCAGUAGCCCUCACUGUCAAGGCUCGGAACAGAGAUUUUUUCUCUUUCAACUACAGCUCCAUCGUCAUCUCGAUUGGGUACCGGGGGAAGCAAUUUGGGUUUGUGACAUCGAACGGGGGUCAUGUCAGGGCGAGGGGUUCUUCUUACGUGAACGCUACUCUUAACUUCGAUGGAGUUGAGAUCCUCGACGACGUGUUUUUAUUGCUGAAAGAUUUGGCUAAAGGUUCUAUUCCCUUAGACACUGUUUCAGAAGUCCAAGGACAGUUACAGUUCUUAUUCUUCUUCAACUUUCCACUCAAGGCAAAGAUAUCUUGCGAGGUGCAUGCGAAUACGGUGAAGCAGACAGUCACUAGUCAAGAUUGCUACCCCGAUCAAUAGUAGCAGGAUAUUUCGUAAGAGAUUCAUAUGAAGUUGGAAAGUGCUGAUUCCCUGACUUUGUGGCACUCCUUGAAUUUUCUUAAUAUGGGUACGGAGAUAAACAUGUUGGGUUAUUGAAGAACAGGUUUUCUUUGUUUUUUUCUAUUUCCCGUUGGUAUAUCAAUGUAUAUGUUCCAGAAGUUCAGCGUGGGAAGCUAUUGCAAGGAACUGAGUUCAGUGUUGAUGAACAAACGGAGAGAUUAGCCAAAGGAAGAUCACUUAAUAUGAAGAGAAAAAAGACAUUUUGAAGAUGCCGGAGAAUGUCGAAAGCAGGUGUACAUCCACGGGCAGGGAUGGAAGGAAAUGGAUCAGCACAUGUUGCAGCAGCUAUGGAUUUCAGAGGUCAAGAAAUGUCGUCGUUUUCCCCCCGGUUGGCUAGAAGAAACUCUUUCGCAAGACAGCAAGGUGGCUUGAGGAAAAUAGCGGUUUCAUCACUUCAAUUUUCUCCCGUCUUUGGUUCCUGAUGUCUUUUCCUCCAAGUGUAUAAUAUAUGUAUGGCUUUUCUUCUAGUGUUUCUUACUUUCUUCUGUUUUGUCCAUUUCUGUACUGGAUUUUCCUGUUCUUCAAUGAGAUUUUUGGGUACUAAAAAAUGUGUCUGAA